AUGGUACUUGAUCCUUUUGCCAUUGCUAUUGCUGAAGAGCUUCAACAUUUGAGAAAUAGUCUACCUGAUCAAGUUCUUGUUCAGCUUAUUGAUGAAAGAUUAACUGCUUUGGAAAAUUGUAUAGCAUGUAAUGACCAUGUGGCCUUGACACGCAUUGAUCUUGACAAGUUUUUAUUAGCACAUUGGCUUUUGUCCCCACCCACCCCUAAGGAAAACUUCUGUUGUUUUUUGGAUAAUGAUUCUUGUCCUGAUUUAGUAUUAUUAUUCACUGAAAUUUUUGUUCAAGACACUGAGGAUAUGAUUGCAGAUGUUCUUAAAGUAGAAGUUUUCAGGCAGAGUAUUGCCUCUAAUAUCAUUGUAGGCAGUUACUGUACAUUUUCCAACAGAGGUGGAUUGGUUCACCCUCAUACAUCCAUUGAAGAAUUGGAGGAACUUUCUACACUUCUUGAUGUUACUUUGGUCGCUGGGACUGUCAAUCGUGACAGUGAAUUACUAGUUGCUGGCAUGACAAUAAAUGAUUGGAUAGCAUUUUGUGGUUCAGACACUACAGCUACAGAACUCUUUGUGAUUGAGAGUAUCUUCAAGCUGAGAGAAGUCCAAUCCAGUGUCACUAUGCAUGAGAUGAGGAAAUCAUUCUUUGAUAGCUUUCUCUAAUUUUUUUUAUAGAAUUAAUUAUAAUUAAAAAUUCAUUUUGAAGUAAGAUGAUUUUGUUUGAACUUGAAGAAACAUAGGCUAACUUAUAGAUGUGUUCUUAUUUUUUUAGCUUCAGUUAAUCUUUUAUCAUCUAAAAAAAUAAAUUUAGUUGUGUUU